AUGCAAAGGUGCAAGGAUGCAACCCGGUUUAUAUGUGAACUUUCUGUAAUGAUUCACCAGCCCAAGGAAAGACCUAAGCUCUGUUUGACGUGCAUUUGUUUAACAGAGCAAUUCAGCAAAGUGAAGGCUGAUAAGCUGUGGAAGAAUAUGUUUAUUUAUCCAAAAGAAGAGCAAAAUGAAACAAUCUUGAAGAUUAAAAGUCACUCCAAACAGCGCAAGCAGAAAAACCUAGGUGUUACAAUCAAGAAGAGAAUUUGUCACAAAGCGCCAAAUAUUAAUGCUAAAGCUCUGUCUUUCCUCUAUCCACAAGUGCUGUGUCUGACAGUUAUCGGUUCAUGUUGUCAUAUGGACUACAUUAAAUGUUUGUGUGGAGACUCGACAAGGAAGUUAAGUGAUAACAGUGGAUGUAUUGAAACCUUUUUGCAGGAGGGAGAAGAGAAGACAAGAGCUGGAAUCCCUACGCUGUGGAAACAGGUCCUUCAGUCCAAGACGUCCACACUGACCCUUGGAGCAUCCUAUGCAGACCGAUCCCCCCGUAACCCCGUAACCCACGCAUCCCUGAACACUACGGGCAAUUUAGCAUGGCCAAUCUACCUAACCUGCAUAUCUUUGGACUGUGGGAGGAAACUGGAGCACCCAGAGGAAACCCAAGCAGAUACAGGGAGAAUGCGCAAACUCCACACAGAUCGUCACCCAAGGAUGGAAUUGAAUCCGGGUCCCUGGCGCUGUGAGGCAGCAGUGCCGCGAAAAAUAAGAAAAGGACAACCAAGAUUGAAAACGUGUCACACGGAGAAUUACAAACUUCUUUUCUUGAACAUUGGAACAUUACAUAGUCUGGAAACAUGUUGUGCCAUCCAUAGCUUAUUUUUUGAAGUAAUUCUGAAUAUCCUUCUUGUUAUUGAUGCCAGUCCCAUUAUGGUAUAGUAGUGGUAUUCUCAAGAACUGGAUGAUUGUUUAUAAUGGAAAACUGUAAAUCUGUCAGCUAUCCAAUAACAUGAGGGCAUAAAAGAAUAACUUUGUGUUACUUCAAUAUUUACUGUGUUUUGGAGUGUUGCAGUCUGCAGCAGUAGUUUAAGAUAAUUAUCUAAAUUACUAAUUUAGUGGUGUUUUUGGCAGGUAGCAUUGUUAUUUGGACUGGUUGCAAGAAAAUAAAUCCCUGUUCAAAGAAUGAAAUCAUUUCCUUUGUAUGAAUGGCUCUUCACACAGUUUGAACACUGAGAUUUAGCAGGAAAAUAAGCACUCAAGAAAUGCAAUGUUGACCUUCAAAUCUCAAAUAUGGAUAUUCUCUUCAACAUGCUCCAGUUUUUGUUCAAAAUUUUGAUUUGUGUUUAUUUUCUUUAUCUACGAACUAUAGUCUGAUCUGCUGGUAAAACAAAACUUUGCUACUUUAAAUGGUAAUUGUAGUGAUGUAAUUGAUUCUAUUCUAUAAACUGUGGCUAUUAUUCACUUUACACCAGUAGUC